UUGUGCAGUCAUUGAGAAGAACUUCUAAGUUUUCAAUUACAGAAGCUUUUUAAGUUUUGGUUAGAGAAGAGGCAUGGCGACCCCUGCGAGAUGUGCUUCCAGCGUGGCACUGGCCAUUCUCGUGGCGUUCAGUUGCUAUGUGGGUUCCCAUGCAAAUUACAUGCAAUACGUUACAGAAAAAUGCAACAAUAUAAAAAUUCCAGCUGGAAGCGGAUUCUUCGACAAUUUGGGGUCUGCUUUAGCUGACGCACUGGUGAACACGGCGUACCAUGACUACAAUUACAAGAGCAGCCGUGGCGGCAACAAGGCACCCACCGCCUACGUGGAAGCCAAAUGCAUGCCUUACAUCACCCACCGAGAGUGCCACGACUGCCUCCAGGUCAUCACAAAUGGCAUCUGGACCAGAUGCUCUAAUGCUAUUGGUGGUGAAGAGCACCUCGUUUCCUGUUCUCUUCGUUAUGAGCAGUACUAUUUUUGAUAUCUCUCAUCUAAAGUGAUUGAAUAAAAGGAAGCUGACUGGAUAAUCUGGGGAGUUUUAAUCUGAUCAUGUUAAUGUAGUAGGCUAUUAGAUUUUGUUUAAGAACUAGAUAAGUAUGUCAGCUAUAACGGUGAAUGAUUUCAGGCAUGACUAUAUAGUAUAAUGUAUCUCAGUGGCUCAUCAUGUUUUAAGAAAUAGCAUAAAAUAUAUAAGCAUAUUCCAAUAAAAAUAUAUAUAAUAUAUUCUUAUAUUCUCA